AUGGGAGCCGUGGGGUUGAUGUUGAUGGUUGCAGUUUCAUUUUUGAUAGGUUCUAUCAAUGUCAUUGAAGCUUGGAAGGAGGAAGCAGCUGGAGCUGGAGUCAUACAUGUGGGUGGCAAAGUGCUGUGCCAGGACUGCACCCUGGGCUGGAAUGAGUGGGUCCACGGUGCCAAGCCCAUCAAAGGCUGCAAGGUAUCCAUAACGUGCAUGGAUGAUAGGAGUAGAGUUGUAUACUAUGGAAGUGACGACACUGAUGAGGCUGGUAAUUUUGAGAUGAUCAUAAACAAGUACAUCAAUGGGAAAGUGCUCAAACCCACAAACUGUUUUCUAAGGCUGGUUUCAUCACCAGACCCUGUCUGCAACAUUGUCACCGAUUUUUCCGGUGGCCGGAGAGGGGUGAAGCUCGGCCGACCCACCAUGGUGUACCGAGAUAUGAUCAAACAUGUGCUCGGCCCAUUCUACUACACAACACCCAUGUGUGAUCAACCCGAUACCGGCAAUCAAUCUGAUGAUGGCAAAGGAACUAAUUACUGA